AUGCCCAGGCCGACCCACAUUACCAAUGUCCAGUACGGCAACUCACCUUGUACCACCCCCAUCACCCAUCACCUCCGACCACAUGCACCCACCAUCGCCGCCCGCCGCAACACGCCGCAGCCGCACCUCUCCCGCUCCGACAGCUCGACAGCACAGCGUCCGCAGGCCGGCAAGAUGCUCUCGGGUAUCUUGAUCUUCAACCAGAAGGGCGAGAAUCUCAUCUUCCGCGCCUUUCGGAACGACUGCCGCCCCCGCCUUGCCGACGUCUUCCGCAUCCAGGUCAUCUCGAACCCGCAGGUGCGCUCGCCCAUCCUGACCCUCGGCAGCACCACCUUCAGCCAUGUCAAGCACGAGAACAUCUACCUGGUGGCCAUCACCAAGAGCAACGCCAAUGCCGCCCUUGUUUUCGAGUUUCUCUACCGCCUGAUCCAGCUGGGCCGUGGCUACUUUGGCAAGUUCGACGAGGAGGCCGUCAAGAACAACUUCGUGCUGGUUUACGAGCUUCUCGACGAGAUCAUCGACUUUGGCUACCCCCAGAACACCGAGACGGACACGCUGAAGAUGUACAUCACCACCGAAGGCGUCAAGUCGGAGCGCGCAGCCGAAGAUUCCGCAAAGAUCACCAUGCAGGCUACUGGCGCUCUGUCCUGGCGCAAGGCCGAUGUCAAGUAUCGCAAGAACGAGGCGUUCGUGGAUGUCAUCGAGGAUGUCAACCUCCUCAUGUCGGCCACUGGCACCGUCCUCCGGGCGGAUGUCAAUGGUCAGAUCAUCAUGCGCGCAUACCUUUCAGGAACCCCAGAGUGCAAGUUCGGACUGAACGACAGGCUCUUGCUUGACCACGACGGACUCCAAUCACUGCCCAGCGGUAACAGACUCGGAACUAAGGCUACCAAGGCCGCUGCGGGAAGUGUCACGCUGGAAGACUGCCAAUUCCAUCAGUGCGUCAAGCUCGGCAAGUUCGACUCGGACCGUAUCAUCUCCUUCGUGCCCCCGGACGGUGAAUUCGAGCUCAUGCGCUACCGCGCUACCGAAAACGUCAACCUGCCCUUCAAGGUCCACGCCAUCGUUAAUGAAGUUGGCAAGACCAAGGUGGAAUACAGCAUUGGCGUCAAGGCCAACUUUGGCAGCAAGCUAUUCGCGACCAACGUCGUGGUCAAGAUUCCGACCCCUCUGAAUACGGCCCGCAUUACCGAGAGAUGCACACAAGGCAAGGCCAAGUACGAGCCGAGCGAGAACGUUAUUGUGUGGAAGAUCGGACGAUUCAGUGGGCAGAGCGAGUUUGUUCUCAGUGCCGAAGCGGAUCUCACAAGCAUGACAAACCAGAAGGCAUGGUCCCGCCCGCCACUAAGCUUGAAUUUUAGUCUUCUGAUGUUCACGAGCUCUGGCCUCUUGGUCAGGUAUCUGAAGGUCUUCGAGAAGAGUAAUUACUCAAGUGUUAAGUGGGUUUUGAAAACCGCAACGUUACUAAUUCUCCGAUCUCAUUUGCGACUUACGUCGCACUGGUAUCGGGACUCUGAACAUGCCACUAUACGGCUGUACAUCGAAUCAAGCCCGAGUCGACAGCUGAUUGUGCUCCGUCCCGUAGUCAAGACCGGAGUAGAGCCUCUAUCGUCGCAGGCAUAG